AUGGAAGAAAUGACCAAGUUGAAUAAAACUACAGGGAGUCAGGUGACUGAAUUCAUUCUCAUGGGCCUCACAAACCGUCCUGAGCUUCAGGGUCCCUUGUUUGUUUUAUUUUUAUUCAACUACAUGACCACUGCUCUGGGAAACCUGGGUUUGAUCUUCCUAACUAGUGUUGAUCCCCAUCUACAAACCCCCAUGUACUUCUUUCUCAGACAUCUGGCAUAUGCUGAUCUUGGUUAUGCCACAGUCAUUGGUCCAAAAAUGCUAGCCAGUUUCAUAGUGGAGAAAAACACAAUUUCCUACAAUGAAUGUGCAACACAGCUAGUUUUCUUUGGGAUAUUUAUCACCAGUGAACUAUUUAUCCUUUCAGCCAUGGCCUAUGACCGCUAUGUGGCUAUCUGUAAGCCCCUCCUCUAUAUGGUCAUUAUGUCAAACAGGGUAUGUUGGGUCUUGGUGUCUGUCUCGUACCUCUACAGCAUCAUGGUAUCCCUAUUGGUCACAGUUAAGAUUUUUAAUUCAUCCUUCUGUGAAUCAAAUGUAAUAAGACAUUUCUAUUGUGAUAGUAUCCCUCCUUUGUACAUUAUCUGCUCAGAUAUAAGUGAGAUUAAAUUAAUCAUUAUGAUCUUUUCUGCAAUUAAUUUAGUUUCGUCACUCUCAGUUGUCCUUGUCUCUUACAUGCUCAUUCUUGUCGCUAUCCUCAGGAUGAAUUCUGCUGAGGGUAGGCACAAAGCCUUCUCAACAUGUGGCUCUCAUCUCACAGUGGUGAUUGUGUUCUAUGGGACACUUCUCUUCAUGUACCUGCAGCCUCAGUCUAGCCAUUCCUUUGAUACAAACAAGAUUUCCUCUGUGUUUUAUACCCUUGUCAUCCCAAUGCUCAACCCUUUGAUCUAUAGUUUAAGGAACAAAGAGGUAAAGGGUGCCUUGAAAAGGGUCCUUAAGAAACUGAUAUAA